UACGCAGUGUACUGAGUAUCUCCUUCCUGUGUGUGCUGUGCGGCUGUCAUCUGUAUUCUGUACACGGAACGCCUGAGAUGGGAUCCAACACUCUGAGAUUUGAUGGGAGGGUGGUACUGGUCACCGGAGCCGGGGGAGGUUUGGGAAAAGUGUAUGCCCUGGCCUUUGCAGAGAGAGGAGCUUCUGUUGUAGUCAACGAUCUGGGAGGCGACAUCAAAGGAGACGGGAAAAGUACAUCAGCAGCAGAGAAGGUUGUUGAAGAAAUUAGGGCAAAAGGAGGAAAAGCGGUGGCCAAUUAUGACUCAGUGGAGGCCGGAGAGAAACUUGUCCAAUCAGCCCUAGAUGCAUUUGGAAGAAUAGACAUUGUGAUUAACAACGCAGGAAUUUUGAGAGAUCGCUCUUUUGCAAGAGUCAGUGAUGCAGAUUGGGAUAUUAUUCAUAGAGUUCACUUGAGAGGGUCAUUCCUGGUUACUAGAGCAGCAUGGAAUCACAUGAAGAAUCAGAAAUUUGGAAGGAUAAUCAUGACCUCAUCAGCGGCUGGAAUUUAUGGAAACUUUGGCCAAGCUAACUACAGUGCUGCUAAACUUGGGUUGCUGGGUCUUUCCAACACCCUGGCUAUUGAGGGGAAGAAGUACAACGUCCAUUCUAAUGCGAUUGCACCCACUGCUGGUUCCCGACUCACUCAGACUGUCAUGCCACAAGAUCUUGUGGAUGCUCUGAAGCCGGAGUAUGUGGCUCCUCUGGUGUUGUGGCUCUGUCAUGAAAGCUGUCAGGAAAAUGGCAGUUUGUUCGAGGUUGGAGCAGGAUGGAUUGGAAAAUUGCGAUGGGAAAGAACUCUCGGCGCCAUUAUCAGAGAGAAAAAUCACCCAAUGACACCUGAAGCUGUACGUGAUGAGUGGGCAAAGAUCUGCGAUUUCGAUAAUGCCACUAAGCCACAAACAAUUCAAGAGUCCACCGGCACACUCUAUGAAGUUUUGUCAAACAUUGACUCAGGCAAAGGAAUUUCUAUGAAUCCCACAAGUCAGAAACCCUCCUCAUCUUCUGGUAUUGACCCAGCCCUGGCUAUAGGACAGAAGUUGCCUCCAACAGUGUACAGCUACACUCAUAUUCAGCCUAUCCUGUAUGCUUUGGGAGUGGGCAUGUCCACCAAAGACCCAGAUCACCUGAAGUUCCUGUUUGAAAGCAGUGAUGAGUUUGGCUGCUUGCCCACGUUUGGAGUUGUCUUGUCCCAGGCUGCCUUCAUGGGUGGAGGGCUUUCCUCAGUCCCGGGGCUAAAUAUAGAUUUCACACGGGUUCUUCAUGGAGAGCAAUACCUUGAAGUCUAUAAGCCUAUCCCAACAUCAGGAGAGAUGCACUCAGAGGGUACAGUGGCAGAUAUUCUUGAUAAAGGUUCUGGUGCUCUUAUUUUGCUAGAUGUAAAGACCUACUGUGGGAAGGAUCUAAUUUGCUACAACCAGUUCUCUGUGUUUGUGGUUGGAGCUGGUGGAUUUGGUGGGAAGCGCUCAUCACCCAAGGCUAAGGCAACUGCAAACCCACCCAAUCGACCUCCAGAUGCUGUCGUGACUGACAUUACAACGCCUGACCAGGCUGCUCUAUACCGUCUUAGUGGAGACUGGAAUCCCUUGCACAUUGACCCCAACUUUGCCGCACUGGCAGGUUUUGAAAUACCCAUCUUGCAUGGUUUGUGCACUUUUGGAUUUUCUGCCCGACAUGUUUUGAAGCAUUUUGCGAAUAACGAUGUGAGCAAGUUCAAAGCAAUAAAGGUUCGCUUUGCUAAGCCAGUCAUCCCUGGACAAACUUUACUAACUGAAAUGUGGAAAGAAGACAACAGAAUUUACCUUCAGACCAAGGUCAAGGAGACUGGUGAGAUUGCUAUCGCGGGUGCCUAUGUGGACCUUACAUCAACUGUUAGUAAUGUGCAGUCCAGAGAUGCGGUUCAGGGUACAGAACUGCAGAGUGACCUUGUCUUUGAAGAAAUCAGCCGUCGUGUUAAAGAUGUUGGGAAUGAACUGGUUAAAAAAGUCAAUGCAGUCUUCCAGUGGGAAAUUACCAAAGAUGGGAAUACAGCUGCACAGUGGACUAUUGACCUGAAGAAUGGGGCUGGUGAAGUCUAUCGUGGUAAAGUCCGUGGCCGUGCUGAUACCACAUUUACACUUGCUGAUCAAGACUUUAUGGAUCUUGUUUUGGGAAAUCUAAAUCCUCAAAAGGCAUUUUUCGCCGGCAAGCUCAAAGUGAAAGGCAACAUCAUGCUGAGUCAAAAACUGGAGAUAAUAUUGAAAGACUAUGCUAAGCUGUGAGAAUAUGGCUGCAAGGUCAAGCAAUGCCGUCCUGACAUUUAAAGUGUACCUGUCACCCAUAUACAGGGAGCACAGCCAUUUAUUUGGCUGAAUUUACAGAGAAUCUACUUGCCUCUUUGCCUUCAGCCCUGUAGUGUUCUGCUCAUAGGUUCAGUUCCUGUUUU